UUCCCAAUCCAAGGGUUCACAUUAAGCCACUAGAAACUUCUUCUCCUCCGAGACCUUAUAUAUAUACAAUCAUCCUCUCAAGGAGUACUCGUGUCUUACUCACGCUCAUACUUUCUCUCUAUUUUUCAUUCAAUCUCUCUCUGCGAAAACAAGAAACGAAAGCUAUGGGAAAGAGCUACCCUACCGUCGGUGAGGACUACAAGAAGGCCGUAGACAAGGCCAAGAGGAAGCUGAGAGGACUCAUCGCUGAGAAGAGCUGCGCGCCUCUCAUGCUCCGUAUAGCAUGGCAUUCUGCUGGAACUUAUGAUGUUCAAUCUAAGACUGGAGGACCAUUCGGAACAAUGAAGCACAGUGCUGAGCUAGCUCACGGUGCUAACAAUGGCCUAGAUAUCGCUGUUAGGUUGUUGGAGCCAAUUAAGGAACAAUUCCCGAUUAUCUCUUAUGGAGACUUCUAUCAGUUGGCCGGAGUUGUUGCCGUUGAAGUUACUGGUGGACCAGAUGUUCCAUUCCACCCUGGAAGGGAGGACAAGCCUGAACCACCAGUUGAAGGUCGUUUGCCCGAUGCCACUAAGGGAACUGACCAUUUGAGAGAUGUGUUCGUCAAACAAAUGGGUCUCACUGACCAGGAUAUUGUUGCUCUCUCUGGUGGUCACACUUUGGGUAGGUGCCACAAAGAACGUUCAGGUUUUGAGGGUGCAUGGACUUCAAAUCCUCUUAUCUUUGACAACUCUUACUUCAAGGAACUAUUGAGUGGAGAGAAGGAAGGUCUCCUGCAGCUGCCAACUGACAAGGUUCUCCUUGAUGACCCAGUUUUCCGCCCCUUGGUUGAGAAAUAUGCUGCGGAUGAAGAUGCUUUCUUUGCUGACUAUGCUGAAUCUCACCAGAAGCUGUCUGAGUUGGGCUUUGCUGAAGCUUAAUGAAUUGGAGGAGGUCGAGGAGAUGUUUCAUGGGGUGAAGAUGGUUGGAUAGACUGGGAGAAAAGUUUCAUUAUAAUAAUUUCGCUAGUUUUUGGGUUUUGAAAUUGGUCUAGGUCUAGUAGUAUUUUGUUCCUUUUUCCUGCAAACUAUGGAUUUUGAAGUUUGUUUUGUCUCUUGGAGGCCAUUUCAAUCCCAAUUAAUAAGAAGACAGUACAGGCAUUUGGCUUUA